AUGAAAACUGAGGCCAUUAAAAAAUCUGCUGACUUUAUCUUUGGAGAAGUGAAAACCCUCAAAAGUGACAUGAAGAACGUGGAAGUUAUCUGCCAGGAAAAUGAAAAGAAGGUGGCUGAACUCGAGCUAAAGGUGAAUGAGGUGGAGAGAUACCAGUGCAGGUGGAACCUGAGGCUCCAUGGAAUUCCAGAGCAGGCGGGUGAGGACAUCAAAUGCAAAGUUGUUAACAUCUGUGGAACUGUCAUUCCCGAAUCAAAAGCCAAACUUCAGGAAAAUGUAGACAUCGUCCAUCGUUUGGGAAGACUCAAUGAUCAAGACAAGAGACCGAGGUCAACCAUCAUCCGGUUCACCUACACGGGAUCUUCUUUGGAGGACUGUGAUAUGAAGAAAGGGUUCCAGUAUUCUCUUUACAACAAGAAAUGGACCAAAUGUAUGAAGAGAGCAAAAGGGGUAUUUUGUAAGAUCAAGAAGGAAAUGGUUGGAAGAAGAUUCCAGAAUCAUUUGACAUUUGUGAAGAACGAGCUGAAGAUGUUCAAGAGGAAUCUUAGUCCAGAACUCCCAGAAGGCUUUGAGAAACCGUCCUACAAUACUAUAGGCAUUAAAACAGACGUAAUAUUAAUAUCCUCUGUGUUAUUUCUUCAUUCAGAUGAGCUUACUGUGAUUUGCCAACGUGAACUCAAAUCUAAUCUAAAGAAGAAGUUUCAAUGUGUAUUUGAGGGGAUCGCUAAACAAGGAAACCCAACACUUCUCAAUAAGAUCUACACAGAGCUCUACAUCACAGAGGGUGGAACAGGAGAGGUCAAUAAUGAACAUGAGCUGAGACAGAUUGAGACAACRACCAGGAAACAAGCAAGACCAGAGACUCCAAUCAAAUGUAACGACAUCUUCAAACCCUUAACUGGACAAGACAAACUUAUCAGAACUGUGCUAACAAAGGGAGUCGCUGGCAUUGGAAAAACAGUCUCUGUGCAGAAGUUCAUUCUGGACUGGGCUGAUGGAAAAGCAAAUCAGGAUGUCCAAUUUGUAUUUUCAUUCCCUUUCCGGGAGCUGAAUUUGAUGAAAGAGGACAAACACACUUUCAUCGAACUUCUCAAUCACUUCUCAAUGGAAACCAAACAAUCAAGAAUCUCCAACUACAACAAGUACAAAGUUCUGUUCAUCUUUGAUGGUUUGGAUGAGUGCCGACUGCCCCUAGACUUCCAGAAGAACAAGAUCUGUUGGGACGUCACAGAGUCAACCUCAGUGGAUGUUCUGCUGACAAAUCUCAUAGGCUCCUUUUGA